AUGGCCAAUCUCUCAUUGUUGCUGGCAGUAUUAGCUCUUUCACUUUCAGCUGCUUUAGCCGUUGAUACUAGUGCUCUCCAAGAUUUCUGUGUGGCAGACCCAAAUGGGGCAGUGUUAGUGAAUGGUUUGGUAUGCAAGGAUCCCAAACUUGUUGAGCCAAAUGACUUUUACUUUAGCGGCCUUGACAUAGCAGGCAACAUCACAAACCCUGUUGGGUCAAAAGUGACACCAGUUUUUGCAACUGAGUUACCAGGAUUGAACACUCUUGGCAUCUCCAUAGCACGCAUUGACUUUGCACCAUGGGGCAUUAACCCUCCUCACAUACACCCUCGUGCCUCUGAAAUCUUGACAGUUCUUGAAGGAAGCUUAGAAGUUGGAUUCAUCACUUCCAACCCUGAAAACCGCCACUUGAGGAAAGUGCUACAAAAGGGUGAUGUGUUUGUGUUUCCCAUAGGACUCAUUCACUAUCAAAGAAAUGUGGGGUAUGCUAAUGCUGUUGCCAUUGCAGCUCUUAGCAGCCAGAAUCCCGGUGUCAUCACAAUUGCUAAUGCAGUGUUUGGGUCUACGCCUGACAUUGCUAGUGACAUUCUUGCUAAAGCUUUCUAUUUGGACAAUGCUACCGUUAAUUAUCUGCAGUCCAAGUUCUAG